AUGGACACAAUAGGACUACUCAUUAUAUCCGCAAUCCCAACGGUGAUCGGCGUCACACAGGCUUUGAGAUUCAAGGAGAAGGCAGACGAAGAAGCAAAGAAAGGACCAAAGUGGUUUAAUCUGCUUUGUGUUACAGCAAAUGAAAACGAUUCCCUUUAUGGGGGGAAGAUAGUCUUAGUUGGAAAAAAGCUUCUGAUCGAUACAAGGGAGGAAACAGAUGCUUUCUUAUUUAAGGGCUUAUUUCACGAUUAUAUUGGGACAGAGAUCCCAGGUUUGGUGUCUCAUAUUGGGACGGACCCUCCAGCACUGAAUUGGAUAUAUGUAGAAGACGAAGAAGUCAAGUACGGCACCGGCUCGGAGUCAAAAGAAGGAGGGAAAAUAGUGGGCCCAUGGAGCUACAAAGGAGGGCUGCAUCUACAAGAAAAAGCUUUGUUUUACGCCGGCCGAGAGGUUGAGGAAGGUAGAUGGGAGCUUAAGUAUGGUCAAAAUAGCAAAGGGACUAAAGUUCUAAUUGCAAUGGCUACCAUUCCGGAUGAGGCUUCUUAA